AUGGCGCCUGCUGUACCUGGGCGGCUGCACAGCGCCUCCCCCACCUCGACUGUGGACUACAUCGACAUCGAGCAUAAGCAGAACGAGCUGCGCCACGCGGUGGAGCACCAUGUGCAGUCCCUGGAGCGCUCUCUCGCCUUGCGUGAGGAGGAAGUGGCUACCCUGUCGUCGCGGCUGCGCAAGCUCGAGGAGGACUACCAGUUCAACUACAACCUCAUAGCGGAGCGGGAUGCUGCGCUGGAGGAGGCGUCGGGGCAGCUACAGCGGCUCUACCGCGAACUGAAGCGCCUGACAGAGGAGUCGACGCGCAUGGAGAAGAUAAUCGACACGGCAGAGAAUGAUAUAAAGGCGGCUCGGCAGCGUGUGCGCGAAGUGGAAGAGGAGCGCGAUGCUGCGGUGCGGCAGGUGCAGAAGGACUACAUCAUAAAGGAGCGCUACUUGACGGAGGCCGUGCGCGCGAAGGAGGCGGCGCUCGAGAAGGAGCAGGCGGAUCAGCACGCGUGGUACAAGGAGCGAGCCAAGGCGUUGGAGGAGGAGCGUGCGGCCAUGUCUGAUUGCAGUGCUUUGGUGUCCAUGGAGACGGAGGAACGCUUCAAGCAGCAGGUUACCCGACUACAGUCUGAGGUGGCAGGGCUGCAGCAGGCGCUGAAGGACGCUCGCCAGCAGAAGGCAGACGCCGAAAAGCGUGCUAUGGCAACGGAGGAGGCGAACGCCGCCCUCGCGCACGAGUCUGCCGUGGCCCAGCAGCGUCACGAGGCUCUUGCACAGGAGGCGGCACUCGCCAAGAGGAACUUGGAGGAUCGACUUGUGCGAGUUGUCGGCGACGCUGAGAAGCGUGUCCUCGCAGCAGAGGCGACUGCGCGUGAGGAAGCGGGCCGCGCCUCGCGCGCGGAGCUAGAGCGCACUCGUCUCCAGUCAAUGCUGGCAGAGGUUCAGGAGCGCUUGCAGUACCUAACGACGCGCUACGACGAGGACGUCGCCCGCUUCACAAAGGAGCGGCAGCAGCUCCUCAAGAGCAGCGAUGAGGCGAUGGCAGCCACCACCUCAGCAGAGCAGGCGUUACACGACACGAAGCGGGAGCUGGAGCAGCAGCGCCGCCUGUCCGCGGAGGAGGCGACACGUCUGCGACGCGAGAUCGAGCGCGCGCAGGAGACGUCCGAGGCGACCCACCAGGAGCUCGUGACCGUGAAAGAAAGCUGUCACAAAUGGAAGGCGCAGGCGCAGCACCUUGAGGCCGAGGCGCAUCGCUGGAAGACGGAGGAGAGCAAGACGGCGGCCAGUGGGCGGCUGGAGUGCACCGCAUUGGAGGAGAAGUGCCGGCAGGCCGAGCUUCGGGUGCAGCUCCUCCAGGAGGAGGCCCAGCAGACAAAGAAAGCUCGGCAAGGCGCGGUGGAGCAGGCGCAGGCCGAGGCAAUGCGGCUCACGCGCGAGCUUCACGCCAGCGAGGCGGCGCGUCGCGCUCUGGAGGAUCAGUUUCACCUGCAGGAAGACUUCAGGGAGGGACGAGAGGGGCUGCAGAUGCUGCGCAUGGAGAAGGAGCAGCUGCAGAAGCGCGUGGCGGAGCUCGAGCACACCAACGCAGAAGUACGGCUGCAAGUGGCCAACUUCGCUGCUGAGCUGCAGAACGACCCGGUCAUCAAGGCUGCCAAGGAGACGCAGCAGCGCGCUGUAGCGCUGCAGCAGGAGUUGGAACAGGCCAAGGCGGAGGUGCAGCUGCUGCAGGACUCGCUGAGGGACAAGGAGGAGGAGCUGGUGCGACUGCAAACUGAACUGUUGCGCGUGCAGGUGCUCGUCACCAGCGACGAAGCAGAGUCGCCUCCUCUGGACAUGCAGACCCGCCUCGCCGCUGGCGCUGCCAACCUCAGCGACCGCGUCUCGCUGGCGCUGCAGCGGCAGCAGCAGCAGAUGCGCUCAGAGUACAGCCGCAUGCGCGAGUCAUACGAGGAGAUGGUGCGCGAGCUGGACCGACAGCGACGUCGUCGGCGCAGGCCGGCGCGACGUUCGCGCACUGCAUCAGCGGCCUCCUCGUCCUCGACGAACUCUUCGUCGACUCGGGAAGCCGAGCUCCCGGGGCGACAUCGCAAGCGAGGGGGUGAGGAGCCGCCGGUCGCCGCCGGCGCCUCCGUUCCGCCAGCACUUCCCGACUCCAGGACGACACACCUCCUGCAGGAGUCGGAGGUGUGGCGCCAGCGAUGCGUGCAGCUGGAGCAGCAGCUGCUCACCGUGCUGCGUGAGCGCGAUCGCCUAAAGAAGGAGCUGCAGCUGGCCAAACAGGACGCCGUGGCCCUCGGUGCCGAGAAGGCUUCUCUGGUGGACCUUAACUCGCUUCUGAAGGCGCAACUGCGGGAGGCGUAUCGGCUGCGUGCCGGCGACACUAACGUUCGUCUGGCGCGAGGACCCACGACGGCCACCCCCGCCGCCAGUGGAUCGGGGGUACGCAUCUCUCCUGAACUUUUGGCGGCGGCUCUCCAGGCGUUGGAGGACGGUGCUGCUGCAGGUUGCGACACAGCGGGCAGGCCUCGCGCGCGGAGUGCGGCGGGCGCGGAGGCAACCACGACGCGGCACCGCUCACGCACCGACGAGGCAUCAGCACUGAAGGAGUCGCCCGUUGUGCACUCCACGCGCGGCUAUUCUGCACCAUCGCUCUCGCCCGUCACUUCGCAAUCCAUCUCAGCGCAGCAGGCGCAGGAGCGGUUGACCACGCUGGAGCACGAAAUAGAGGCAGUUCGUGAGCGGCUCGCUACCGCCUCUAGCACGGCGCAGCAGCAGCGCCAACACGGUCAGGCGGUGGUUCGCCGUGGCAGCGCGGCUGUGCGGCAUUACGGUCUCGGUGACUGA